AUGAGGUCUACACCAGGGUUAGAAUGUCCGUCGAUAACAGAUGGCGAUAACUACACCCAAUCGGAGUUCUUGUCUCGACUGGCAGAUGAAUGCAGAUAUGACCGUCUCCUACUCCCCACAUACCCUACUGGUGAGACAGUAUACGUGCAUGCUAGUGCAUACGUUUACUUCAUACAACCAGCUGAAGCACACGAUCUGAAUUUUAAACUGCAUUUCCUUCUACAAUUGAGAUGGACUGACCGACGCCUAGCGUACCAACUUUAUUCACCGAAUCGUGUGACAAUUAUUGGCGAAGACGACCUAAGACGUCGGAUAUGGGUUCCUCAUCUGUACAUGUCGAAUGAACAGUCAUCAAGUUUAAUGGGUACCGACAGUAAAGAUGUUCUUAUCUCUAUAUCGCCCUCAGGAGAAGUGGUUUUCAGCCGUCGUAUGCAGGCUGUACUUUAUUGUUGGAUGAAUUUACAAAAAUUUCCAUUUGACGAGCAAACCUGUUCAAUGAAUCUUGAAAGUUGGAAAUACAACGCAUCGAUCUUACGACUAAUGUGGGAGAAAGGAAUUCCGCCUGUUCAUUUAUCGCCAGAGUUACAUCUCACAGAAUAUUCACUAAUAGACUUUUGGACCAAUGAGUCUGUCGUGCGUGGAGAUAUUUCUAGUAUGCGCCUCAUAGGAGGUAGUAGAACGGGAAAUUACAGUGCCCUAAAGUUUACGUUUAAAUUGGGAAGAGAAGUAGGUUACUAUCUGAUGGAUUAUUUUAUUCCAUCUAUGAUGAUAGUUGCCAUGUCAUGGGUAACAUUUUGGCUACAAGCUGAUGCCUCAGCUCCUAGAAUUACUUUAGGUACCAGUACCAUGUUGUCCUUCAUCACCCUGGCGUCCAGCCAGGCCAAAACGCUGCCUAAGGUGUCGUAUAUCAAAGCCAGUGAAAUAUGGUUCCUCGGUUGCAUUGGGUUCAUCUUCUCCGCACUCGUAGAAUUCGCUUUCGUCAAUACCAUUUGGCGAAGGAAGAAAGUUGUUAAUCUCAAGAAGGUCAACAGCAAAUAUAUUUUGAAGAGCACGCUGACGCCUCGGCUCGCUCGGAAGGAACUACAGAAAGAAUUACAAGAAACGUCACCGCAGCUCUCCAAGUCACGCUCCUGUUCUUCACUCAACCAAGAUACAAGCACCGACCCCGCAGGACCAGGCUACAACAACUAUCUAACAGUGCACAGUUUCCCGUCUGCAUUAAAUUUGCCGACGAUUACAACACAAAGUUACGACGAUCUCAUGCCGGGAGCUGGUGGCGGCGGUCCCAACAGACAGCAACAGGGCCAGGGUACCGACAGCGACGGCUCCGACGAACCACCCAAACACCAUACCUGGACCACAAUGACCCCCCAGGAAAUCGCUACAUGGAUAGACAAACGAUCCCGAGUCUUAUUUCCCAUUCUCUUCAUAUUCUUCAACAUUAUUUAUUGGACUUUUGUUUAUUGUCUGUGA